UCGGGAGCUCUUCUUUCUCCUCCACUCCUCCCUCACCUAUUUAUUAUUAUUCCAACCAUCCAUACUACUCACUCCACAGAGUAACCACCACUUACUCUAUACCUAUACCCUCACGAGCAUGUCCGAUUCAGACGAUGAAUACAUCGCCCACGCCUCAGAUCACGAUCUGGACGAGAUCUUAGAAGACGACGACGAUGUUGACGAUGACAUAGACUCCGGUCCCGCUGCCUCCUCCGCCUCCGGGCCCCGGCGCCGUCGAGCGGCCGCAGGAAGCUCAGCAGCUGCAACAGCAGCAGCGCAAUCGUCGCGAGAUGCUAAGAAGAAGAAAAAGGGCCGUGGAGGCGCCGAGUGGGAGGUGUCCAGGACCUGGGAGUCGCUCGUUGAAAGCGCGGAUGGCACCAUCAGCGCGACAGUAGAGGGUCUGCUGGAGGCCGGGAAGAGGAAGAGACUACUCCGCGAUACCACCCCCCUCCAACGCGGCAUCAUUAGACAUCUCAUCCUCGUCCUCGACCUCUCCUCUGCCAUGGCCGAAAAGGACCUCCGCCCAACCCGCUAUCUCCUAACCCUCCGCUACGCCCAGGAGUUUGUCCUCGAGUUCUUCGAACAGAACCCCAUCUCCCAGCUCGGCGUGCUAGGCAUGCGCGACGGUCUGGCCGUGCGCAUCAGCGAUAUGAGCGGGAACCCCACAGAUCAUAUCCUAGCUAUCCAGUCCCUCCGCCCAAAGGACCCCAAGGGCAUGCCAUCUCUGCAGAAUACCUUAGAGAUGGCCCGUGGUGCGCUUUUCCGUACACCAACACACGGCACCCGCGAAGUGUUCAUAAUCUUCGGCGCCCUCCUCUCCUCCGACCCAGGUGACAUCCACAAAACCAUAAACACCCUGGUCGCCGACAAAAUCCGCGUCUCCAUCAUCGGCCUCGCCGCCCAAGUCGCUAUCUGCCGCGACAUCUGCGCCCGCACAAACAACGGCGACGACAGCGGCUACGGCGUCGCCCUCAAUGAGCAGCAUUUCCGCGAACUAUUCAUGAACGUCACAACCCCACCCGCCACAACCGUCGCUCCCACACCAACAACAACAAAAGAAGAAACAAAAACGUCACAAACAACAACAAGCUCCCUCCUGAUGAUGGGCUUCCCCUCCCGAACCCUCAGCCCAACCACCACCCCAACUCUAUGCGCCUGCCACUCCAAACCCUCGCGCACCGGCUACCUCUGCUCCCGCUGCGGCGCAAAAGUCUGCACCCUCCCCACCUCCUGCCCCUGCGGGGGCCUCCCGUGGUUCCUCUCACCACCUCGCCCGCUCCUUCCAUCACCUCUUUCCGCUGUUGAACUGGGUCGAGGUGUCCGGGGCCCCCGCUGCGAGGAAAAGGAGUGCCAGCUGUUUUGCGUGUGCGGUUGGGUUUCCGCAGGUCGUAAAGCAAUUUUCCGGGGGGGAGCAAGAGGGGCCGAGAGGAGCAGGGAGAAGGGGAAGGGGAGACGGUCAAGGGGCCAUCUGGGAUUAGCGUUAGUGGGCGCUAUGAGUGUCCCGUUUGCGAGUGUCAUUUUUGCAUUGAUUGCGAUGUGUUUGCGCAUGAGGUUGUGCAUAAUUGUCCCGGGUGUCAGAGUGGGGUUGUGCAGCAACUGCAGCAGCAGCAGCAGCAGUUGAAUGGGAACGGGAAUGAGAAUGGUGUGGCUGAUGAGAUGGAUACGGGGUAGAGGUGGCAUUUGAGCUGAAAUGGAACGGAACUGGGAAAACCAAUAAGGGGGCGGUUGCGUUUCUUAUUUCCCGUCAUUUCCCUACCAUUUUCCUUACCCGCCAUUUCGCCUACCAUUCUUCUUUUCCUGUUUUUAAAUUUCCUUUUUUUUUUUUAUCUGUACCAGGUACUCAUGGCGCAAUGCAACAUACAUGCAUGGUUCUGGCGUUAUUCAUUUACAUUUAGUUUUUACUGCUAUGAUAUAGCUUGGAAGGGAUUUCCAGAUACAGUGGUUUAGCAAGCAUUUUUCUUCUAGAAAAAAGAGGAAGCCGGGGGGGGUGGGUGUUAACGGGAAUGUAGAGAUCUGGACGAGCUUAGAUUUUUUUUUGCAAAACAAUAAGUGAUGAGGAAUAGAUACAGAAAUGAAAAGAAAUGAAAUCUCAUUGUUGAAAUACGACAGUUUCACUGGAAAUAAAACACAACCAACCAUUCAUCAAUCAAUAUCAUUCCGAGAAAAA